GUUUUUUAUAAAACUGUAAUUUUUAUGAGGUUUAUCUUAAUUUAGAAUAAGCUGAGAAGGUGUAGAAAUGUCACGUUCAAAAUCUGAAAAGAUCGGAAAUGGUGGUAAAUGUGAUUUAAGUAUAUGGACACGUGCGAUAACAGCGAAUUCCGAAUGGCCGGAUAAAGAAGAAUUUCUCGAUGUUAUAUAUUGGGCUAGACAAGCGAUUGGCAUUAUAGUUGGUAUAGGAUGGGGUCUUAUACCUUUAAAAGGUUUCAUAGCUCUGUUACUAUUUGUAUUAGUUAAUGCAGGUGUUACAUACCUAUAUUUUAGCAAUUUUCAACAAAUUGAUGAAGAAGAAUUUGGAGGUAUAUGGGAAUUAACUAAAGAAGGAUUUAUGACAUCAUUUGCUGGUUUUUUGGUCACUUGGAUUAUUAUAUAUUCAGGACUACAUUUUGAUUGA